UCGGUUCAAUCUGUUUCGUCGGCCAAGAACCCUAGACGCUCAAAAUGAAGUACAACCCACGAGUCACCAGCUCCCGCCGCAAGUGCCGGAAGGCGCACUUCUCCGCCCCAUCCAGCGUCCGCCGCGUGCUGAUGAGUGCGCCGCUCUCCACCGAACUACGAACCAAGCACAACGUCCGGUCAAUUCCCGUCAGGAAAGACGACGAGGUCCAGGUGGUGCGUGGAACUUACAAAGGCCGUGAAGGUAAGGUGGUUCAGGUCUACCGGCGAAAGUGGGUCAUCCAUAUCGAGAGGAUCACCCGUGAGAAAGUUAACGGGCAAACAGUGAACGUCGGAAUCAAUCCUUCAAAGGUCGUCGUCACCAAGUUGAAGCUUGAUAAGGAUCGGAAGUCGCUACUUGACCGGAAAGCCAAGGGGCGCGCCGCCGAUAAGUCGAAGGGAAAGUUCACAGUCGAUGACGUUGCUGCCGGUGCUUCUCUUCAAGAGAUCGAUUAGGGUUUGCAACAUUUCAAUUAUCUUAUUAAAUGCUUCUUCAAAUUUUGUUUUUUUUUUUCUAUAAUGAUAAGGAUUUUUGGGGAUUACUCUUAUGAGUUUUAUGAAUUUGAUCUGUUUAAUGCACUUAUCCAUACUUGAUUUACUUAAUCUAGUAAGUGGUUAAUUUGAUUUGAAGCAA